ACUCACGGGGGAAAACUGUAAGAGCGGGUGCGCGAGAGCUCGAGCGCGGGUGCGGACUUCAGUCGCGUGCGACGCGCGCUCCCGGUCGCCACGGUCCAUGAACUUCGACCUCGAUGCGACCGUCACCGUCGCGGGAUCGGGAGGAUCGCACAAGACGAAACAAGAGCUGACGCCGACGUAUCACUCUCAUAUGCGCGUCUCGGUCGCUAAUUAACGAGCGCUCGUUAUCGGUUUCGCCGGAACUUCGAAGAGAGACACGAGAGAGAGAGAGAGAGAGAUACGCUCGCUUGCCUGCUUUCUUUCUUUCGUCUUUUUUUUUUUUUUCCAGCACGGUGUUACAACGAGCGACAUGUGUGCGUGGAAUUGAGUUACCGUUUGCGGGUUAUUAACGGCUCGCGCGAUUCCGCUCGGCGGAGUCGUUCCUGCAAAUUGAAUCGGCGCGGUGCGAAAGCGCGCCUCGGGUCGUAAUUAAGAUCAAGACGCGGAGGGGGUAUCCGCCCCCUCCCCCGUGGGUAGCGUGUCGCGCGAAAGAUGAUACGGUACAGGCGUUAAGUUCGAGAGAGAUCGCGAUCGAUCUGGCGCGGGGUAACGUGAUGAGAGCGCAGGUGAGCCGCCCUCCGAUUCCGCGGAAUCAAUUUCACGAGAUCAAUGAGACGGAGCGAGAUCCGCGCGACGAGAUUUGAUGAAACGAUUUACGUCCUGCCGGCGUGUCCUUGCCGGCCGAGGAAAUUGCAAUUAAAACGCGGGUGAAAAACUUCGGCGUGAAAGGUUAGAGGAAGGGCGGUAGAGAGAGAGAGAGAGAGGAGAGGGGGUGGAGGAAAAAGGCGCGGAAAGUAGAAGAGCGCUUCGCGGACAAUAAUAUUCGUUAUCGAGCGAAAAAGGAGAGUACCAGAAACGAAUUCACCGGCAUUGAAAAGUUCGACACUGCGCGAAUAAGAAUAUCACGUUUGACUCUCGAUCUCUAAUGAGAGAUAAAGUGGAAUUCCCUAACUUGAGAGUCGCUUCUCGUUCCUUCUGUCUUUCUUCCGCCCAUCCCUAUCCCCCUCUUUCUCUUUCUCUGUCUAACUCGCGCUGAAUUUUCCCUCCUCCUAAAAUCUCGCGGUAACAUCGCUCAGCUGUGUGUGUGUGAAACCGACAAAAGCCCGCAGUGAUCUACGUUCGACGGCAUGGAUUGACAUGAGCGAAACAUUUCGCGGGACACACACAAGUGCGACGUGUGCCGGCAUUUAUUAAAUUCACUCGAUCUCCGCCGGAAAUUGGCGGAGGGCGAUCGGCGGAGGAAGCGAGUGAAAGCGGUGCCGAUAGAUCUCCGUCUUGGAAAAAUUAUUGGCAAUUAUGAGGGACAAAUUUGCGUUCAGCUCGGGAGUGCCGGACAUGCACGAGACCCUGUCUAGCUUCCCGGAGCAGUUCGGGGACGGGCCGAGGAAGCCGGAAAUCAAGCCGGAAAUUCUGAAGGAGACGGAUAGGACCGCGGACAAUCUCAAGUGCGGUUGGUUCUGGUUCAGGCCGCUUUACUUGCAGCGAUUUCGCACCGCGAAAUGGGCGCUCUUCUGGCUCUGUUGGGCCGGAGCUAUGCAAGGAAUGGUCGUGAAUGGUUUUGUAAACGUCGUCAUAACGACAAUAGAGAGGAGAUUUGGACUGAAAUCGUCGGAGACCGGCUUGAUAGCGGGCGGUUACGACAUCGCCAGCUUCCUCCUCCUCGUGCCAGUAAGCUAUCUCGGCGGCCGUUCGAAAGCGUCGAAACCGAGAUACAUAGGCUUGGGAGUUCUAGUCUUAGGUAUAGGAAGUCUGCUUUUUGCGACGCCACAUUAUCUCGCCGGACCGUACAGAGGAGGUCAGCAGACGGAAAACGUAUGCCAAAGUGCCGCCAAUACCUCGAGUACCCGUUCGAUAUCCUGCGCGGGAUCUGCCGUUCAAGCGGAGCUAGAGCCUUACGGUGGCGUGUACUUAACCAUAUUUCUGGUAGCUCAGCUGCUACAUGGCGCCGGUGCGGCACCCUUUUAUACGCUCGGGGUUACGUAUCUAGACGAGAACGUCUCGAAGAAGAUGUCCUCGGUGUAUCUAGGUAUCUACUACACUAUGGCCAUAAUAGGACCCGCGUUGGGCUACGUGGUCGGAGGUGAAUUAUUGAAGGUCUACACGGACUUCUUCACGGUGGACUCUUCGACGAUUGGGCUAACUCCCGACAGUAACGUUUGGAUUGGCGCGUGGUGGAUCGGUUUCUUGGCAGUGGCUGUCAUUUGUUUUAUCAUCGCGGUGCCUGUUUUAGCAUUUCCGGCGGCUCUGCCAGGAUCAGAGGAACUAGCCAAAGAUAGAGUGUCGGAGGCGCACGAAAAAUCGACUCGAUCGUCCACCGCGGGCACGGGGGAGGCGUUUUCCAAAAUACGCGAGCUGCCGCGCGCUCUCACCGAGCUGCUCGGAAAUCCGGCAUUUUUUAUGCUGAACCUGGCAGGUGCCAGUGAAGGGUUGCUGAUUGCCGGAUUCGCUGCCUUCCUGCCGAAACUGAUUGAAAAUCAAUUCAGCGUCAGUGCCAGCUCGGCCGCGUUGCUGAUGGGAUUGGUGACCGUGCCGGCGGGAGGCGGUGGUACCUUCCUCGGUGGUUAUUUGAUAAAACGCUUUAACUUGCCCUGCUCCGGUAUUCUCAAGUUUUGCCUGUUGGCCACAGCCGCCUGUAUCGCCUUUACGCUGUGCUUCGCUCUGAAUUGUCCAAACCUCGAUUUCGCCGGAUUAACCGUACCUUAUCAAAACACCACAAAAAAGGUCGCGUUAUCUCUGGAGAACGUCUGUAAUAGCGGCUGCGGCUGUGCUAAAUCGCAAUUCGACCCUAUAUGCGGCGUCGACGGAAUCACGUAUUAUUCACCUUGUCAUGCCGGUUGUUUUCGAGAAACACCGAUAAACGACGUCAAAAUAUAUACGGACUGCAGUUGCAUACACGCGCCGGCGAUGAAUUUAACGACCGACGACGUCGGUGACGUUGUCCCGUACGAAGCUAUCAACACUACCUGCUCGAGCAGGUGCUCGCACUUGUGGCUAUUCAUCGUUCUGGCCUUUUGCAACAUGUUCAUGACUUUUCUUUGUACGAUGCCGGCACUUUCGUCUACCUUACGAGUCGUGCGAGACGAUCAGAGAUCGUUCGCUCUGGGUAUACAGUGGAUUAAAGUACGAAUUUUGGGCACAAUACCGGCGCCUAUGGUAUUUGGUGCUCUCAUAGACGACACAUGCAUCUUGUGGAACGAAACGUGCGAUGGCAGAGGGGCGUGUCUCGUUUACGACAAUUAUUACAUGAGCAGGUACAUGCUCGCUCUGGCAUUUAUCGGAAAAGCAGCGUCGCUUCUCUUCUUCUUCCUGGCAUGGUGGACGUACGUACCACCAGGUAGUCGAGGCAUCGACCAGAAUUCCCGGCAGCAAACCGCGGCCACUCUAAUGCUAAGCGACACGUCCCAGGAAGCUCAAAUAGUUCCGACCACGAUAUCGUAAACUCGGGUUACUUUGUCCCUUAGAAGAUUAUCCUCUUAGAGUGCUUUAUAGGCACGACAGAAGCAGUUGCACAGUUUAUCACGAGGCAAAAAUGUUGCGACAUUUGUUUCGCGGAUGAAACGAAUGUUCUGAGGAACAAAGUGAUCCGAGUGUAGGAUAAUCCGAGUCACGAAAGCAUAGAAAAAUAUCAAAGCGGAAUAAAAUGUGCGUUUAUCGAAGUAACACAAGCAGGGACAGAAUGAAUGCAUAUGCGUGUGUCGAAGUAACGCGAGCGAAGUGGUUUUGCGUGAUAGAGAACUUAUUCUCGCGCGUUGGACGAGUGAAAACAAAUUUUUGAUAGCCCUACAACUGAGGUUCGGGAAUCGGGGCGUUAAGAUCUAGGCCGUGAUAUGGUAGCCCGAUCGCCAAAGAGCCUACGAUGACCGAAGUUGUAACUCCUUCCUCUGAUUACCCUGUUACGGACAUGUUGUCCACAAGCACCCGUUCGCGCAGCUCAAACUUCCGAGCCUUAUAACGUGAAUUUUUGUAAUCCCAACGUUUACCGAUUGUCAAUUAAAGACCAGUUAGCUACGUUUCCUGUAAUGGUGAAUAUCGAUAGUACUUUAUAUAUCCGCGAGAAUACGCGAGAAAAUACGUGUGUGUGACACGCGAAUGUCGGAGACGUUUCUACCGAUAUAUCAACAAUAAUGCCUUGAUGGUUGUCAUAUGUAUCGCUGGUUUGAUAUCGAACUUUUUGCGCCGUUUUUCACUCGUAAUUAUUUUUGUUAAAUGGAAAAUACCGAUACGCCUAGAGCACGUAUUAUACAUGUCACCAAUAAAAAGCUAGCGAAGUACACGAAACGCACUGAUCUUUGUCUGCUCCUGUACAUGACGCUUUCGGCCUUCCCCGAAAUGUUCGUUGGAACGUUCGUGAUUUUCGCACUGAAUGUAUCAAACAUCAAAAAUUAAAACCAGUAUUAUUUC